AUGCCAUUGGCACACAUCUUGCCUCUGGAUGGCACCGCCGUUCUAUUUAUUAUCUUGAGUUUCAUCAUCCUUAUUUCUAUUCUUAACCACAAACAAACCAAUAAGAAAUUCCCACCAGGACCCAGGCCUCUUCCACUAGUAGGGAAUGUAUUUAUUCUGGACAGAAAAAGACCUUUUAAGACUCUGAUGGAGCUGAAGGAAAAGUAUGGCUCAGUAUUCAGCAUCCAGUUGGGCUUGAGGAAAAUGGUUGUUCUGACUGGUUAUGAGACUGUGAAAGAGGCGCUUGUCUUGAAAGCUGACCAAUUUGCAGAGAGACCAGAUAUUCCAAUAUUCAAGAAAAUUACUAAAGGAAAUGGUAUCAUUUUUGGCCAUGGGGAUUCAUGGAAAACUAUCCGUAAAUUCACACUUACAGUCCUACGUAAUCUCGGAAUGGGAAAGCAGAACAUUGAGGAAAAAAUCAUCAAGGAAUCUGAACAUCUCGUGAAGCAGUUUGAAGCAAAGAAUGGUCAUCCAUUUCUGACAACAAUUCCUAUUAACGCAGCUGCAUCUAACAUAAUAGUCUCCCUGAUUAUGGGAGAAAGACUGGAAUAUGAAGAUGAAAAUUUCAUUAAACUUUUGGUCUUGAUCAAUGAGAGCUUCAGACUUGCUGGAGGCCCAUAUAUACAGUUGUACAACAUGUUCCCCAUGUUGCACCAUUUGCCUGGACCACAUCAUAAAGUUUUAGAACACCAGAAUAUUCUGAAGGACUUCUUCAGAAAAAUUUUCAUCCAGCACAGAGAAGUUCUUGAUGAAAAUGACAAAAGAAGCUACAUUGAUGCUUUCAUGAGCAAGAUGGAUGAGGAGAAGAACGACCCAUAUUCCCACUUCCAUGAGAUGAACCUCCUGUGUUCAGUCACAAAUCUGUUUGUGGCUGGGACAGAGACCUCGUCCAGCACCCUUUGCUGGGCUCUCUUUAUCCUGAUCAAGCACCCCAACAUCCAGAUGAGGAUCCAUGAGGAGAUUGACAGGGUCAUUGGAGGGUCAACGCCCAGGGCUCAGCACCGUCAGCUGAUGCCCUUCACAGAUGCUGUGAUUCAUGAGAUUCAGAGAUUUGCCGACAUCCUGCCCAUGGACCUGCCUCAUGAAACCACCUCUGAUGUCAUCCUCAGGGGCUACUGUAUACCCAAGGGGACCUAUGUUAUCCCACUGCUGAGAUCAGUGCACCGGGAUACAAACCACUGGGAGAAGCCAGACCAGUUCUACCCGCAGCAUUUCCUUGAUGAGCAGGGAAAGUUUGUCAAGCGAGAAGCCUUCAUGCCAUUUUCUGCAGGCCGCAGAAUAUGCAUUGGAGAGUCGCUGGCCAGGAUGGAGCUGUUCCUUUUCUUCACAUCUCUGGUACAGACCUUCUCCUUUCACGCUCCUGAAGGGGUGAAUGGGGAAGAUAUUGACCUGUCCCCAGUUGGGGGUCUGACUCUUGUCCCCCCAAACAUCCAGGUGCGCGCCCUGGUCCGAAGCAGAAACACCUAG